AUGUUCCUAGCAAGGUUACUCUCUCGCGUCAAGGCUUCUGAAACUUUGGUCGCCGGCCCGACGCGCCAUGCUGUUCAGCUCCCGACUGUUGGCGCCUCAAUGCUACCAACUAUUCAAGUCAUGGGCGACCACGUCCUAAUAUCUAGGGCCUAUCGCCGCGGAAGAGGUGUAAAGGUUGGGGAUGUUGUCUCGUUCGCUUCAGUCAUCAAACCACGAGAACGUGUGAUCAAAAGAAUCAUUGGGAUGCCAGGCGACUUUGUGCUAAGGGACACUCCCGGAAAAAGUCAUGACCAGAAAAUGAUACAGGUACCUGAAGGCCACUGCUGGGUAACAGGCGACAAUCUAGAGUAUUCGAGAGACUCUAGACAUUAUGGUCCAGUUCCCUUAGCCUUGGUUUACGGCAAGGUUCUGGCUACUGUGUUCCCGUGGAAAGAAAGGCGGUGGAUAGAGAAUGGCCUACAGCCGGCACCCUAG